AGAAGGUUCGUGAUGAGAUCUUCUGAAGUCGUGAUCGAACUAUAAUUAUAUUGUUUACUUCAAAAAUGUUGUUUACUUCACAAAAUGACCAAGUAAGCAUCUUGUAACACUAUGCCUUUUUUUAAACUAAAGGUGAACAACUUAUAAUUUCCUCUUUUAGAGGGUGGGAAAUAAAGUUUGCUGGUGGGGUGAUAGUUCAUGCAAUGGUUUCACUACUGUUUUCCAAAAUUUUUAGUAAACACACAAAAAAAAGUUCAGGGACAGUUCAUGUUCAUAUACUUAUAUAAAGAGGGUACAUUUUCACAAUUUUCAUCUUGCGGGGUUAUUGCGAUUAAUUUACUCACACUAAGAUGCAGUCAUUUGAAAAAGAAGAAAAGAGCAACGGGAAUGUACAGUUUGUGCUGAAAGAGUCUACAAGAUAUGCCAGAGGACAGUAUGCCAUCCAACUGUCCUACUACAAAGGGAAGGUGUAUUUGCAUUUGCAGGACAACAACAACGGUAAACAGGUGUCACUCCCAGACGACGUUUUUGAAACUAUGAACAAUCAAUACUUCACAAUAAAUAAAGCGGUGGAUGAAAUCAGGAAGUCCAAUCAAGGACCACCUAGCCCGGAACUGCUUGUGAUGACACCACGCAAAAAGAAGCGAGUGGUGGAUUUAGACGGAGAUGAUGAGUUCUAAAGAGAUAAAGAAAAAAGAAAUCCGGGGCAUUGUUAUUUUUAGAUAAUAUAUAUUAUUCAUAUGUAAUCUGUAAAAUGAAACUUUUCUAACAGAAUUAUUGCACGCGUUAAUAAUUUGUUACUGGUAUGAAUCACACAGGGAAAUUUAAACAUGCACCUUUCAAACAGUCUUUCUCCAUAUAGAAAAGUUUCAUUAAUUGUGUAAAACGAUUUAUUUAUAAUCUAUAUAAUAUUGAACUGUACUACUACUAGUAAGAAAGAGAUUAUUAGACAGUUUGAAUGUAAAUAUUUUAUCGAAAAUUGUCUUCAAAUAUUAAUUUUUUAUCGUUGUCAAUUUUGUUAAAUUGUAGAACUGUAACAGUUGUGGGAAAGUAAAGAUGUCAUUGACAGAAUUUCAAGACUUUGAAAAAAUUCUCUUUCACACCACCGAACUUUUUAACCAAUCCAACUAUCAUUUUAACGAGUUCAUGAAAUUAAAAGAGCAAUGUGAAAGCAUGCAAAACUAUGUAAAAAGUAUAACGGUGAAACAUUGUCUCCAUGCAUAAGCAUUUUAGGUAUACUUCCAAAGUUUUUAUGACAUUGUCGAUUUGUUAUAUUACUGAAUUUUGAAAUUUGAAAAAAAAACCAUCAGCGUUAAACUCAUUUAUAAAAUUCAACACUAUUUAGUUUAAUAAUUUUAAUAAGUAAGCAAUGUAACGUUUAU